AUGGGACUUGCACAUUCUCGGAAGCGUAUCAACUUCAUGAGAAACGUGUUGAAUGAAUUGUGUCUCUCUGGGAUUGCCGUCGCAAGUCAUCGUGAGAUCAAGUUGGGAACGGGCUACAAUGGUGUGUGCGCGUGCGGCGCUGCGGGGGGCGGGCGCGGCGAGCCGGCGCGCAUGGCGGCGCCAAUGAGGGAGGGCGCGCCGGCCGGCGGAGCUCGCCCCGCGCCCCACGCGCACCCCGCCAACUUCGAGUACGAUGACAACGAGUGGGACAUCGGCAUCGGCGACCUCAUCAUAGACCUCGAUGCCGACAUAGAGAAGACCGACGAGGCGGGCGGCAUGGCGGCGCGCGCCGAACCGGACGCGCAGCGCACCGCGCUCAAGAUGAAGAUCAAGCGCACCAAGCCCGGCACCAAGAGCUCCGAGGCGAAGCACGAGAUCGUCAAGUCGAACGAGAUGAACGGGGAGCCGAAACCGCCGGCCGCGGCCGCCGCGCCGCCCCCCGCCGCCAAGCGCGGCUCGGGCGGCCACAGGCGCGACAAAGCCCGCGAGAAGCACCACCACCCGCACGCACCGCACGCGCCGCACCCGCCGCACGACGUGAACGGCGUGGCGCGGGUGCCCCCGCCGCCGAACGCGCCCGGCCCCCCCGCGCCCCCUGCGCCCGCGGCCUCCGCGCCCGUACAGCCGGCGCCCGCGACGCCCGCCAAGCCGGAAGCGCGCCCCGCCCGCGCCCAGGCCCGAGCCCAAGCCGGCGGCGCCCGCCCAGCAGCCCGCGGGGCUCGCGCCCGCCCAGCCGAGCCCCGCCGCCACGGCAGCCGCGCACGCGCCGACCCCGCCCCACGGCAGCCACGCGCCGCACAUGCCGCACACGCCGCACGCGCCCCACACCCCCUCGCCGGCCGCCAAACCGGAACCGGACGACUCUCGGCAGGAGGCACACCCCGCGCAACCGCCGGCAAAGAAACAGAAAACCGAACCCAAGACCUUGAUCUAGAUUGGCCGGCAGCGUUGCCGCGAACGCGCGCCAUCUCAAUCACUGGCCCGUCGUUAUCAAUAACGGCGAUCGCCCGC